AUGGCCGCCGCAUCCUCCUCCCCGUCGGCGGCAGCCACCAACAUCAUGCUAGCAAUCUACGAGAAAAAAACCAACUCAAUCGACCUGUAUCGUCCACUCCGCCAAUACAUCUCCUUCACAUACUCCGAACGCGAAGCCGUUAACCUCGAAGAUGACCUUUCCACUGUCAAAACCCUCCGCUCUGAUAUCGAAAGGAUGCCCGACCCCUCCCCGACAACCCGACGCGACCUCCUCAUCUCAUACUUCAAAUCCCUUUGCCUAAUCGAAACCCGCUUCCCAAUCUCCCCCGACAAAGACCACAUCAACACAAUCCAAUUCACUUGGUUUGACGCUUUUAAACAGAAGCAAAAAGCGGUUCAACAAAACAUCCAUUUAGAAAAAGCCGCCGUCUUGUUUAACCUUGGGGCGGUUUAUAGUCAGAUUGGCUUGUCUUACGAUAGGGCUACGGUGGAUGGGAGGAGACAGGCGUCUCAUGCCUUUAUCGCAUCGGCGGGGACGUUUGGGUUCCUCAGAGAUAAUUCGUCGACGAAGGCGUCGAUGGGAAACAGUACGACGGUGGAUUUGUCGGUGGAGUGUGCUGGGAUGUUGGAGAGGUUGAUGUUGGCUCAAGCUCAAGAGUGUGUUUUUGAAAAUACUAUUGCUAAAGGAAGUACACCUGGAGUUUGUGCCAAGAUUUCUAGGCAGGUUGGAUUAUACUACGAGGAAGCAUUAGGAGCAUUGAAUGCAGCACCUUUGAAGGACCAUUUUGACAAAGCAUGGAUUGCCCAUGUGCAGCUUAAGGCGGCUCUUUUCUAUGCUGAAGCUUGCUAUAGGUACAGUUUGGAGCUACAUGAGAAAGAAGAGAUUGCAGAAGAAAUUGCACGUUUGAGGAGUGGAGUUAGUGCUUUAGUUGAGGCAAAGAAAUCAUCAAAAGGGGUUGCUGCACAGCUUCUAGAUGCAAUUAGCAAGUUAGAAGCUAAUCUUAAUCGCAACCUGGAGAGGGCUGUGAAGGAAAAUGAUAGGGUUUAUCUUAUGAGAGUUCCUUCCCCCAGUUCCUUACCACUGCUCCCUGCAUUUUCUAUGGUUAAGUCGAUGCAAAUGAAUGAAGUAUUGGAUGCAAGCAAAGAGAAAAUGUUUGCAAGCCUUGUUCCUGACAGCAGUGCAAAGGCUCUUUCUAGGUAUACUGAAAUGGUUGAUGAUGUCAUCAGGACACAGGCUGAGAAAUUGCAGCAAGGAAGUGAACUAGCCCGAGUAAGGCUCAAGGAAAUGGACCUUCCAGAUUCUAUUCUUGCUUUGGAAGGGAAUUUUAAUCUUCCAGAAGAUCUUAAAAAUGAGGUAGAAAUAGUGCAAGCUAGUGGGGGUGCAGCUGGUCUGGAGGCUGAGUUACAACAACUUAGGGAUUUGAGGAGGGUGAAUCAGGAAUUGCUCAUUCAGACGGAGGAGCUUUUGCAGAAAGAAGCAGCAGAGGAUGCCCAGUUUAGAAGUCAGUUUGGAACGCGAUGGACUAGGCCGCAAUCCAGCACCCUGACAAAGACUUUGCAGGAAAGGUUAAGCAAAUUUGCAGCUAACUUAAAACAAGCUGCUGAAAGUGAUGCACGAAUUGAGCGUUCAGUGAGAGAGCAUUCUACAUUCAUGUCAAUCCUUGACCGCCGUCCGAUUGAAGCUGCCCUUCCAAGUCUGUCAAGGCCAAUAAUGUCUUUGGAUGCAAAUGAAGAUGCUAUAGUGGGGGCCUUGAAGCAGAGCUUGAGGCAAUUAGAGACUCUUGGUGCUCAGAGGGCUGGCCUUGAAGAUAUGCUUAAAGAGAUGAAAAGAAAGGAUGACAUACUACCCAAGUUGAUGACAUCCACUGGCUCCUAUGAGGAUCUUUUCAGGAAAGAGAUAGCCAAGUAUAAUCACAUAUGUGAGGAAAUCACCCAAAACAUUGAGGCACAAGAACAAUUGUUGAUGCAAAUUCAGGCUCAAAAUCAAGAGUUCUCUGCUGUCUUUAAUCUUGAAGAUUAUAAAGCAUCACGAGACAAGUGUUACAAGCAAAUUCAGGCCGCUGUAGCAAAAUGUAAAGAAAUCAAGGAGAAUAUCAAUGAGGGGCUGAAAUUUUAUGUUACCCUUCAGGAUGCAAUCAAUAAUAUCAAGCAGCAGUGCAGUGAUUUUGUUAUGACUCGAAACAUCCAGUGUCGAGAAAUGAUGGAAGAUGUUCAAAGACAAAUGGCAGGUUUCAGCUUCCAGGAUCGCAAGAACACAGGUCCAUACCCGCCAGUUGGACAGCCCCAUCAAACUCCGAGAUCCAGUUCACAGCAGCAAACAGAGCCUCAGAGUAUUUCCCAUCCUUCUUCCCAAACUCCUUACUAUAGACCUCCUGAGCAGCCAAUGCCUGGGUAUGGUCAUCCUCCUCCCCCUUACAGUGCCCCGCAGCAACCAUCUCCAUACCACAUUCCCCCAUCAGCAGCUCCUUAUCCUCCCCCACAGGCCCAACAACAGGCACCAGUCAGCCAUGAGUAUGGCCAACCUGCCUAUCCAGGGUGGCGUGGGCCAUAUUACAAUGCCCCUGCACAGCAACCUGGAUCUCUUCCUCGACCUCCUUAUACCAUUCCAAAUCCAUAUCAUCCCCACCAAAGUGGUUACUAUAAGCAAUGAUUUUCUAGUCCACCCUUUUUCGCUCUGAACACAUAAUUAUUUACUGUCUUUCUAUGUUUAUCCUUCUCCUAAUCUGCUGCGCAAUGGAUUGGGUUCAACUAGAUUUAACUUUUUGCUAUAUAGCAUAUUAAUUUUGACUGUCUGAUGUAUGUUGGUUCCCCUAAUAAUUUGUGUGUGAAGGCCUGGUUUUCUUUUAAGAGUUUUUUAUGUAUAUUCGAUCAUUUUUGUAUGUAGAGAUUAGUGUGACAACGCCAGUUAUGUCUAUGACAAGAUUUUUGGGCAUUUGCCUAACAUUGUGUUCC